AGCACUGGCGCUGCUCGCAGGCAUUCGGUACGUGAGGAGACGCAGCUGUCGCCGCCGGGCUGGUCCUGCGCUGUGCGGGCUGCCGGGAGUGGGAAGGCGGAGCAAACAUGAAUGUUGGAGUUGCCCACAGUGAAGUGAAUCCAAAUACUCGUGUAAUGAACAGCCGGGGGAUGUGGCUGACCUAUGCAUUGGGAGUUGGUUUGCUUCAUAUUGUCUUACUCAGCAUUCCCUUCUUCAGUGUUCCUGUUGCUUGGACCUUAACAAAUAUUAUACAUAACUUGGGGAUGUAUGUAUUUUUGCAUGCAGUAAAAGGAACACCUUUUGAAACCCCUGACCAGGGUAAAGCAAGGCUCCUAACUCAUUGGGAACAACUUGACUAUGGAGUACAGUUUACAUCUUCACGGAAGUUUUUCACAAUUUCUCCAAUAAUUCUAUAUUUUCUGGCAAGUUUCUAUACGAAGUAUGAUCCAACUCACUUCGUCCUAAACACAGCUUCUCUCCUGAGUGUGCUUAUUCCCAAAAUGCCACAACUACAUGGUGUUCGGAUCUUUGGAAUUAAUAAGUAUUGAAAUGGUUUGCAACAACAAUCUGCUUGCAGCUACUGAGGUUCCUGUAAGGAAGGAGUAGUUAGUAAACUGCACUCUCUUUCUGUGAUAAUGUAAAUGAGAGAUGUUUACAUUGGAGGACCAGUUGCUGGUUCUUCAUACGCUGUCUUGAAGUGCAGAAUUCUGAAAGAUGCCUCUAUUUAAUGCAUCUGGUUAUUUCUGAAGAGGCUUUAUAGUCAGGCUGGGCAGGCCCAGCUUUUAAGUUAAUUACAGUACAGUGAGGGUACAGUAGAUAAAUCCAAGGAAUUACAGAUUUGUAAGGAAUUAGGACCAGUUUAUUACCAAUAGGCAUUAUGUAAGGAAAAGGAAAAGAAAAUUUCCAGUCAUUUGGGCACAGUCAGUUUGAAUAGACUUACAUAAAAACCAGAAUAAUCUCUGUAAAAGUUUAUUAUAGAUCAUUUUUUAUUUCAAUAUUCUUAUUUUAUAUGAGGAUAUAUAUACCCUCUUGUUUUGUACAAGCCAGUCUCUCCCUGAAGAGUGCCCUUUUGAUUCUGCUGGCUUAUUAUUGUGUGUUGAUGGCUGAGGUCAUUAUUGCAUUUAUUACAUUACAGAGCUCUUGACAGUCUCUCUUCAUGACUGAUUAGGGAUAGAAGAUAGCCACAUAUCUUAUCAAGCAGUCUUUGACUCAGCAUUCUAAUUUUGGAACAAAGAGGGGUUUACUACUUUUAUGGGCAGGGCUGUUAAAUUAAGAGAACAAUUUAUUUCAAGCAGUUCAAGUAUGAUAGUUGAAAGGUCAAUUUAUUUGGAUGAGUAACAUAAUUGGUAAAGUCUGUUACUUUAGAAAAGGAUAUAUAAAAUGGGCAACUAUAAAGUCAUCUGUGGUCUAGCAGAAUCUAAUAGCAGUAUACUAAAGUCAUUUUAGCAAGUAUAAGGUAAAAGAUAACAUUGUCUUUUCUUAGUAAUCCUGCUUUCAGCCCUCAUAGUUUGCCCAUUUAUAUAUUGCCUUUUAAAUAUGUGGGUCUUUUUGUAGAUAACCCCAAAUGGCAAUUAUUUCCAGAGAGCAGCUAUAUUUGAAUUCCUAUGAUUCAGUGAACCUCCCUGAGAUUAAUUCCGAAAAGCAACUAUAUACUACUUUUAGAAGUAAACAUAUCAAAAAAGUACUACAUAUCAAAAAAUUCCAAUAUAGGUUAAAACUGAAAAUUCAAUAGCAUAAGUAAAAUUGAGUGAAUAGUUGUAGACCAACUUAAAAAUCAAUUUGUGUCAAUAAACUGACUUGUAGGGUAGUGAUCAUUGUUUUAUAUCUCAAAAGUAUUGAGUUUAGAAAUGAGUUGUAUGAUACUGCCUUUGUAUGUUUGUGUUUUCCCAUGUAUUUUUAAAUAAUUGGUAAUUCAUACUUUAAUAAAAGGUUUCCUUGGUGUAAGAUUA